AUGGUGCGGUCAUUUACUGCCCAAGAGAGAGCUACCGCAGCAUCCCUUCGUGUUUCCUGGAUUUUGGCAAAAAAGAAAAGGCCAUUCACAGACUCUGAAACCGUGAAGGACUGUAUGCUGGCUGUCGUGGAUGAGGUGAUAAAUGACGAUAAAAUCAAAACGAGCGUGGUAUCUGCUCUAAAAAACGUACCCCUGUCAGAUACUUCCAACAUUCGUAGGGUUGAAAUUCUUGCUGCAGAUGUGUAUGAAACAUUGUUAGGAGGCCUGGUGAAAGCUGAUACUAUGUCUAUAGCAGUAGAUGAGUCCACAGACAAAACUGAUACUGCUCAGUUGUGCAUAUAUGUCCGUUUUUUUGACAGCAAAUGCUUCAGAGAGGAGCUGCUCUGCCUACUGCCUUUAGAAGGACACACAACGGGCGAUAUAGUCUUUGGGAAAAUUUCUGCUUUUUUUAAAGACAAUGGUCUGGAUAUGACGCGUGUGUGCAUGCUUGUGACAGAUGGGGCUCCAUCCAUGACAGGGAAAGUGAAUGGUUUGGCAGCACGUUGGUCCGCUGUUGCACCUCAGUUGAUCUCGUUACACUGCAUUGUGCAUCAGGUGGUGUUGUGCGCAAAACUAAGCGGGACGCUCAAAACGAUCAUGGACAACGUGAUGGCUACAAUUAAUUUUAUUCGCUCCACAUCAAGCCUCCAACACCGCUUGUUCCGCAUGCUGCUGUCAGAAAUGUCUGCUGAGCACCAUGACCUGCUUUUGCAUAAUGACGUGAGGUGGCUGUCAAAAGGCAAAGCACUGGAGCGUUUCUGUGGUCUCAGAGAGGAGAUCAUAACUUUUCUCCGCAACAGCAAGCAAAAAAAGGCAGAAACACACUUGAGUCGCAUACUGGACGACAACUUCAUGGCAGAUGCCUGCUUUCUGAGCGACAUAUUCAAACACCUGAAUGAUCUCAAUUUGGCACUACAAGGCAGAGACAAAACUGUAAUCGACCUUGUGGAACAGAUGCGCGCAUUCCCAGUUAAACUGGACCUUUUCGCAACAGAUUUGAGCACAGGCCGAAUGCUGCAUUUUCCGACACUCCGCAAAUGCAUCUCAUCCCCCGCUCAAAUCACGGAUGUGAUGACAGAAUUCAUUGCGAGGUUGAAAAUGAACUUUGCUGCUCGAUUGGAUGGACUUGUUCUGCCCACAGAGAUGGCAGUUUUUGUCAGAGACCCGUUCACUGUUGCAAUAGAAGGGGACUUAUCCGCCAGAGCAAAGCAACUGGUUCCUUCCAUUGACGAGGGGAAAUUCGCACUCGAACUUGUUGACAUGCGGUCAUCUGUAACCAUGGCACAGGAGCUUUGCACUAACGGGCCUACAGUUUUUCGGACUAAUGUCAACGUACAUCAGUUCCCUAACGUUAAGAAAGUAGCGAUCGUCAUGCUCAGUAUGUUUGGAUCAACUUACACAUUGUGUGACCGCCAGCCCCACCGCACACAGGAGAGCACAACGGACCCACACCCCCACAGCGCACAGACCGAAGAGGAAGCCGAGCACCCUGCACCAAACCACCUCACGCCACCGCCUUCGGGCCCACUAUUUGUCAAUAAAAUCCACCCUUUGGGGAACUCACCUGUACCUACUCGUCGUGUCCUUCACCCCGCAACACUGGUGGAGAAUGCGGGCAGGACAGUGAAGAAGACACCGACGACCCCUUCCCAUGGGGUGUUUCCCCAGUUGGACUGGUUUGGUGGCGCUCCUCCCCCGACGAUGGAAGAAAUCUUGAAGCACCUCACCGAGGUGAGCAUCCGCCAGCAACAAAUUAUGGAGCACUUGGCCUCCCGUCAAGGGGAAACUAAAACGGGAGCUCGCCGCGCUCCGUAUGGCUGCCGGCGCACAUACUCCGCUGCCUGA